CGACAGUGGCGUCUGUCGCCGCGGCUCCGGUCAGGCGCACCGCGGGCAGCUAAACCCGCUCUGCGCGUGACGUGUAGGACCUCCUCCUCCGACUCGCAGCAGCAGUAAUGGCGGACUACGACAGCUACGAUGAGCGGGACCGGGCCUACGGCAGCUUCGGUGGCGGCAGAGGGCCCCGUGGUGGCGGUGGCCCCGGAGCCCCCAGAAAGCAGAAGGAGCUGCCUUCAGAGCCUCCGUUCACAGCAUAUGUGGGAAACCUGCCGUUCAACACAGUGCAGGGAGACAUUGACAUCAUCUUCAAAGAACUCAACAUCCGCAGCGUCCGACUGGUCAGAGACAAAGAGACAGACAAGUUCAAAGGUUUUUGUUAUGUUGAGUUUGAAGAUUUGGAAUCUCUAAAAGAAGCUCUGACGUACGACGGUGCUCUGCUAGGUGACAGGUCAUUGAGGGUAGACAUCGCAGAGGGGCGAAGGCAAGAGCGAGGAGGUGGCGGCUUUGGCUUCAGGAAAGAUGAUGGCAGAGGACGAGGAGGUUCUCGAGGAGCUCCCAGAGGAGGAGGAGGACGUGACUCCCGCGAGGACUUCUACGAGCAACCAGGAGGAGGUUUCAGAGAUGAUGACUACAUGGGCGGGCGGAGUCGAGGUGGUGGCAGCCGCCCUGGCGACAGAAGGGGGGGUGGCGGAGGCAUGGGUCGCUUCAGAGACGCUCCACCCCGCGGAGGAACGACAGACUUCAGGGAACCGUCUGAAGAGGAGCGUGCACAGCGGCCUCGGCUGCAGCUGAAGCCUCGGACCGUCUCCGAGCCGCUCAACCAGGUCGCCAACCCGAACUCUGCCAUCUUUGGUGGAGCCAAGCCGCGAGAGGAGGUGAUCUCCAGGGAAAAACCCUAAGAGACUGAAGGCCAGCAGGGCCGGAAGUGGGGGGAGGGUGGGGAGGGUUCGAGGGGGAGAGCGCGAACGAUUGGAGAACUUUAAAAAGGAAAAACAAAACAAAGGAAGACAGAAUUGCCGAGGAGAUGCACAGUUAGCAUUCCUUCCUGCCAGACAGACAGAAAUCGAACGGACGCUGCCCUCCUCCUCCUCUUCUUCUUCUUCUUCUACUAUUACUUCUUCCUUUUUUGAGUUCAGUUCGAGCAGAAUAUUUAUUCUUAGUGGGAAUAAAAUGAAACACACUCUGACACACUGAAUAAUAAACCUGUAAACAGAAACACAACAAGCAGCUUGUGAAUGCAUGUCCAAAUUAUAGGUUACUGCCCCCCCCCCCCCCUUCACCUUCACCUGUGCUUACUGUGGUGUCAUAUCUGCUUCACCUGCCCCUUCAUUGUUUGGGCUAAAGGUCACUCACCUUUUUAUUCUUCAGCAGAAAGAAACCCAGAGGUCACGUUUUUUUUGUAUUUUGUAGUUUUUCACCUUCAGCCCCGCCCCCUCACUCCAAAUGGCCGAGUCACAAACUGACUUUGUUUCUUACCUGUCGCUCGUUGCCGUGGUGUCCCAUCAGUCACAUUUUUCAUCUUUUAUCAAACGAAUCUUUUCAUAGUUUGUCAUGAUACUGUUUUUGCAGUUUGUUUUGUUUUACUUGUCGGCCCAGGUGGGUGGGGUUUACCCUGCGCCAGUAUGGACUCGGGUAUCCACAACACCUGCUGAAAAGGCUGUCAUAAAAAUAAAAGCAAGGCUGACGACUGAA